GAAACAAAAAAAACUCAAAACUCUUUAAGCAGCUACGAUCAUAGAUCAAAUAUGAGGAUGAACAAAUUUAUACUUGUUCUUGUGUUUCUAAGCAUCACCACUGUGAUCAAUGGUGGAACGACAAGCGACUUUGUCCGAAAAGCUCAACCAUCAACCGAGAUGCCUCUCGAAACUUUUCCAUCUCCGGCUGGUCAUAAUGCUCCUGAACAGGUUCAUAUCGUCCAAGGAGAUUACAAUGGACGUGGCAUGAUCAUCUCGUGGGUGACACCGUUAAACCUUCAUGGUUCUAACGUUGUUACUUACUGGAAGGCGGUUAGCGGCGAUGUGAAGUCGGAAAAGAAGAGAACUCAUGCUUCCACGUCGUCUUACCGAUUUUAUGACUAUAAUUCUGGUUUUCUUCAUCAUGCCACCAUUAAAGGACUCGAGUACGAUACCAAGUACAUCUAUGAGGUUGGAACUGAUAAAUCGGUUAGGCAAUUUUCUUUCACUACACCUCCAAAGGUUGGACCUGAUGUUCCAUACACAUUCGGCAUUAUUGGUGAUCUUGGACAAACUUAUGCUUCGAACGAGACAUUAUAUCAUUACAUGUCAAACCCUAAAGGCCAAGCUGUUCUCUUUCCUGGAGACUUAUCUUACGCAGAUGAUCAUCCAAACCAUGAUCAACGAAAGUGGGAUUCUUACGGAAGAUUCGUGGAGCCUUGUGCUGCUUACCAACCCUUCAUCUAUGCUGCAGGAAAUCAUGAAAUUGAUUUUGUCCCAAACAUAGGGGAGCCUCAUGCCUUCAAGCCCUACACUCACCGUUACCAUAACGCCUACAAAGCUUCGAAGAGCACUUCACCUCUUUGGUACUCUAUUAGACGUGCCUCUGCUCACAUCAUCGUCCUCUCCUCUUACUCUGCCUACGGAAAAUACACACCUCAAUAUGUGUGGCUGGAGCAAGAGUUGAAGAAGGUGAACAGAUCAGAGACUCCAUGGCUUAUUGUCAUGGUUCACUCGCCGUGGUACAACAGUAAUAACUACCAUUACAUGGAAGGUGAGAGCAUGAGAGCAAUGUUUGAGUCAUGGUUCGUUAACAACAAAGUUGAUUUGGUAUUGUCUGGUCACGUCCAUUCCUAUGAGAGAUCCGAACGUGUCUCCAAUAUCAAAUAUAACAUCACCAAUGGCUUGAGCUCUCCUGUGAAAGAUCCUUCUGCCCCGAUUUACAUUACUAUCGGAGAUGGAGGAAACAUUGAAGGAAUCGCAAAUAGUUUUACUGAUCCUCAACCGAGCUAUUCGGCGUAUAGAGAAGCUAGUUUUGGUCAUGCGGUUUUGGAGAUUUUCAAUAGAACUCACGCGUUCUACACAUGGCAUAGGAACCAAGACAAUGAGCCUAUUGCCGCUGAUUCAAUUAUUAAAACAUCCCGUUGUUUUGUUCGAAUUCGUUUGUCGCCGUCGGUAAUGGCGAAAAACACAGUCGCCGAUAUCGUAAUUCUCGACAGUGACAGUGACGACGACGACGGAGGAGGAAUAGGAAUGGGUCGAAGCUUGACAUCUCUAAUGGAGAAUCAGCAAGUUUCGAACGCUGAUGCUGCGACGGUGGCUCCUCGAGAAACCCUAGAAUGCCGGAGUUUCUGGAAAGCCGGCGAGAACUUUGUGAUCCCUUCCGGUGUUACUCCAACUGCUCCAGGUAUGGUUGAACAUGCUCGUGUUCAUCCAAAGUUUCUUCACUCGAAUGCUACUUCACAUAAAUGGGCUUUUGGAGCAAUCGCCGAGCUACUUGACAAUGCGGUUGACGAGGUACAAAACGGAGCCACCUUUGUCAAGAUUGAUAAGAUCAAUAUUGUUAAAGAUAAUACCCCUGCUUUAGUUUUCCAAGAUAAUGGCGGUGGGAUGGAUCCUAAUGGGAUCAGAAAAUGCAUGAGCUUAGGCUACUCGUCAAAGAAGUCUAAUACGACGAUUGGACAGUAUGGAAAUGGUUUCAAGACAAGUACCAUGAGACUUGGAGCUGAUGCCAUUGUUUUUAGUCGCUCAACUCGUGGAGGCAAAUCUACACAGAGCAUUGGUCUUCUGUCUUACACAUUCCUUAGGAAAACUGGUCAGGAUGAUGUUAUCGUUCCUAUGAUUGAUUUCGAUAUAUCCAGUGUUAGGCCCCAACCAAUAAUUUAUGGGUCUCCCGGAGAUUGGUCUACCAACCUUAACAUUCUUCUAAAAUGGUCCCCGUUUUCAACAAUGGAAGAACUUUUGCAGCAGUUCGAGGAUAUUGGAACUCAUGGAACAAAAGUAAUUAUAUACAACUUGUGGCUUAAUGAUGAAGGAAUCUAUGAAUUGAGUUUUGACGACGAUGAUGAGGAUAUACGGCUCCGAGAUGAAAAUGCCCAGGAUGGGAAACGGUUGUAUGCUAAAACAUUGGAACUAAGAUCUCAUAUUUCAUACCGCUAUCGACAUUCUCUAAGGGCUUACAUUUCCAUGUUAUAUCUCAAAAAGUUCAAAAACUUCAAAAUUAUUCUUCGGGGAAUCCCUGUGGAGCAAUUCAACAUUGCUGAUGAAUUCAGACAUCCUGAGACAAUAAUGUACAAACCCCAAGCAGCUGCAAUGGAAUAUGCUGCCACUGGAAUUAAAGUUGGAUUCAUCAAGGAGGCGCCUAAACUUCCAAUUUGCGGUUUCAAUGUCUAUCACAAAAACCGUCUCAUCCGGCCAUUCUGGAAGGUCGUUCUGGAAGGGUCAACGAGAGGCAAUGGUGUUGUGGGAGUUCUUGAAGCAAACUUCAUAGAACCAGCCCACGAUAAGCAAGAUUUUGAGAGAUCUUCUCUAUUUCUGCGGCUGGAGGGGAGGCUGAAAAGGAUUAUCUCUGAUUACUGGCAAAGCCACUGCCACGUUUUCGGAUACCAAACUGGUCAAAUUCCUGCAGAUAGGUCGAAAAGGAUAGCAAUACCUGAUCAACCCCCUACUGUCAGUACAUUCAAUCCUUCGCCUUUGCCUUCUGAUAAAAUUAAUCAAGGUGGUCCGAUAAUACGUGAAAUCAAUCUUAGUAACGCCACUUCAAGCCGUACAGUUGCUGUUGCAGCACCACAUUUGAGAAAUUCCACGGGUUUAAGAAGUAUCUUCCAACCCGUGCAGCUCAACCCACAACCUGCAGCUGCUGAUACUGGAAACAACCUCGUUGGCAAGUCAGCGGAUGAGAUAAGGGAAGAGAACAUACAACUCUUCAUGAGGUGCGAGGAAUAUAUAAAGAAAGAGAAUGAAGUAGAACAAACGGUAAAGAGCUUAGAAAAAGAACUAGAGGAAGUUAAAACAGUCGCUGAUGUUGUUCAUCUCGACAGUGAUAGUGACAGUGACGACGGAGUAGGAGGAAGAGAAUCAGCAAGUACAAUCGCUGAUGCUGCGACGGUGGCUCCUCCGGAAACCUUAGAAUGCCGGAGCUUUUGGAAGGCCGGAGAAAACUUUGUGACACCGAACGUUGUGACUCCAACUGCUCCAGGUAUGCUUGAGCAUGCUCGAGUUCAUCCCAGGUUUCUUCACUCCAAUGCUACUUCACACAAAUGGGCUUUUGGAGCAAUCGCUGAGCUACUUGACAAUGCUGUUGACGAGAUACAAAAUGGUGCUACAUUUGUUAAGAUUGAUAAGAUCAAUAUUGUCAAAGAUAAUUCCCCAGCUUUACUUUUCCAAGAUGAUGGCAGUGGGAUGGAUCCCGCUGGGCUCAGAAAAUGCAUGAGCUUAGGCUACUCAUCAAAGAAGUCUAAUACCACGAUUGGACAGUAUGGAAAUGGUUUCAAGACUAGUACCAUGAGACUUGGAGCUGAUGCCAUUGUUUUUAGUCGCUCAACUCGUGGAGGCACAUCUACUCAGAGUGUUGGUCUUCUGUCUUACACGUUCCUCAGAAAAACUGGUCAGGAUGAUGUCAUUGUUCCUAUGAUUGAUAUUGAUAUAUCCAAGGAGAGUCCACAGCCAAUUAUCUAUGGAUCUCCAGAAGAUUGGGCUGCCAACCUUGAAAUUCUACUCAAAUGGUCUCCGUUUUCUACAGAGGAUGAACUUUUGCAGCAGUUCGAGGACGUUGGAACUCAUGGAACAAAAGUAAUUAUAUACAACUUGUGGCUUAAUGAUGAAGGAAUCUAUGAGCUGAGUUUUGACGACGACGACGAGGACAUCCGGCUUCGAGAUGAAAGUGUCAAUGAUGGAAAACGGUUGCACCAUAAAUUAUUGGAACUGAGAUCUCAUAUUUCAUACCACUUACGUUACUCUCUGAGGGCUUCCAUUGAAAUCAAAGUUGGAUUUGUAAAGGAGGCGCCUAAGCUUGCAAUCUGCGGUUUCAAUGUCUAUCACAAAAACCGUCUCAUCCGGAUCUCUCUUGCACCAUUACAGCCUUUCUGGAAGGUCACUAUGGGAGGGGAAUCGAAAGGCAAUGGUGUUGUGGGAGUUCUUGAAGCAAACUUCAUAGAACCAGCCCACGAUAAGCAAGAUUUUGAAAGGUCUUCUCUAUUUCAGCGGCUGGAGGCGCGGUUGAGAAAGAUUGUCUAUAGUUACUGGUAUACCCACUGCCACGUUUUUGGAUACCAUACUUCUCAAAUGCCUGCAGAUAAGUCGAAAAAGAUAGCAAUACCUGAUCAACCGCCUACUGUCAAUACAUUCAAUCCUUCGCCUUUGCCUUCUGAUAAAAUAAGUCAAGGUGGUCCGAUAAUACGUGAAAUUAAUUUUAGUAAAGCCACUUCAAACCGUACAGUUUCUGUUGCAGCGCCACAUUUGAGAAAUUCCACGGGUUUAAGAAGUAACUUCCAACCCGUGCAGCUCAACCCACAACCUGCAGCUGCUGAUACUGGAAACAACCUCGUUGGCAAGUCAGCGGGUGAGAUAAGCGAAGAGAACUUACAACUCUUCAUGAGGUGCGAGGAAUAUAUAAAGAAAGAGAAUGAAAUAGAACAGACGGUAAAGAGCUUAGAAAAAGAACUGGAGGAAGUUAAAAGUAAAUGUGCACAACUUGCUCUUCUUGUGGAUGCUAAGAAGAAGGAGAUGCAACAAGUUUAUCUAAUCGGAGAAGACGUUGUUUCAUUGAAUUCGAAUUUCUUUGUCGAUUCGAGUUCACCGUCGCCGGUAAUGGCUUCGAAGUCGAAAAAUGCACCACUCUCUGUUGUCGUUAAUCUCGACAGUGACAGUGACGACGGAGUAGAAGGAAGAGGAACUUUUCGAAGCAUGGCGUCCCUAAUGGAGAAUCAGAAAGUUUCAAGCACGAUCGAUACGACAGUGGCUCCUCGAGAAACCCUAAAAUGCCGGAGUUUCUGGAAAGCCGGCGAAAACUUUGUGAUCCCUACCGGUGUUACCCCAACUGCUUCAGGUAUGGUUGAGCAUGCUCGAGUACAUCCAAAGUUUCUUCACUCGAAUGCUACUUCACACAAAUGGGCGUUUGGAGCAAUCGCCGAGCUACUUGACAAUGCUGUUGACGAGAUACAAAAUGGUGCUACGUUUGUUAAGAUUGAUAAGAUCGAUAUUGUCAAAGAUAAUUCACCAGCUUUAGUUUUCCAAGAUGAUGGCGGUGGGAUGGAUCCCGAUGGGCUCAGAAAAUGCAUGAGCUUAGGCUACUCAUCAAAGAAGUCUAAUACAACAAUUGGACAGUAUGGAAAUGGUUUCAAGACAAGUACCAUGAGGCUUGGAGCUGAUGCCAUUGUUUUUAGUCGCUCAACUCGUGGAGGCAAAUCCACUCAGAGCGUUGGUCUUCUGUCUUACACGUUCCUCAGAAAAACUGGUCAGGAUGAUGUCAUUGUUCCUAUGAUUGAUAUUGAUAUAUCUAAGGAGCGACCACAACCAAUUAUCUAUGGAUCUCCAGAAGAUUGGGCUGCCAACCUUGAAAUUCUACUCAAAUGGUCUCCGUUUUCUACAGAGGAUGAACUUUGGCAGCAGUUCGUGGAUAUUGGAACACAUGGAACAAAAGUAAUUAUAUACAACUUGUGGCUUAAUGAUGAAGGAAUCUAUGAGCUGAGUUUUGAUGACGACAGUGAGGACAUCCGGCUCCAAGAUGAAGGUGUCCAUGACGGGAAACGGUUGCCCCAUAAAGUAUUGGAACUGAGAUCUCAUAUAUCAUACCAAUUACGUUACUCUCUGAGGGCUUACGCUUCAAUGUUAUAUCUCGAGAAGUUCGAAAAUUUCAAGAUUAUACUACGGGGAAUCCCUGUGGAGCAGUUCAACAUUGCUGAUGAACUCAGAUAUUCCAAGAUUAUAAAGUACAAGCCCUAUAAAGCUACUAUGGAACAAGCUACCACUAAAAUCAAAGUUGGAUUUAUAAAGGAGGGGCCUAAGCUUGCAGUUUGUGGUUACAAUGUUUAUCAUAAAAACCGUCUCAUCCGGCCUUUCUGGAAGGUCACUAUGGACGGGUCAUCGGUUGGCCAUGGUGUUGUCGGAGUUCUUGAAGCAAACUUCAUAGAACCAGCCCAUGAUAAGCAAGAUUUUGAGAGGUCGUCUCUAUUUCAGCGGCUGGAGGCGAGGUUGAAAAAGAUUGUCGGUGAUUACUGGCAGAGCCAUGUCCACGUUUUUGGAUACAAUACUUAUAAAGUGCCUGCACCUACUGAUAAGUCGAAAAAGAUAGCAAUACGUGAUCAACCGCCUACUGUGAAUACAUUCAAUCCUUUACCUUUGCCUUCUGAUAGAAUCAGUCAAGGUGGUCCGAUAAUACGUGAAAUCAGUCUUAGUAAUGCCACUUCAAGCCGUACAGUUGCUGUUGCAGCGCCACAUUUGAGAAAUUCCGCGGGUCUAAGAAGUAACUUCCAACCAGUGCAGCUCAACCCUCAACCUGCAGCUACUGUAAGUGAAAUAUCUUCCCAGGAUACUGAAAACAACCUCGUUGGCAUGUCAGCGGAUGAGAUAAGCGAAGAGAACAUGCAACUCUUCAUGAGGUGCGAGGAAUAUGUAAAGAAAGAGACUGAAAUGGAACAGACGGUAAGUAACUUAGAAAAGGAACUGGAAGAAACUAAAAGUAAAUGUGCAAGACUUGCACUGCUCGUGGAUGCUAAGAGGAGAGAGAUGCAACAAGUUUAGUAAAAAACGUUAAUAGUACUCUCUGGAAUCUAAAGAAAAAGAACACUAGUUU